AUCAGAUAUAGCUUUAAAACAGUUCGUAUUGUUUUGUUUAAAUGAUUCAAACCGGUUGUGUCUGUCCACUUGCAGGAACAUUGGUCAUUUCUACGUUCUCACUGCUAAAAGGAUCACGGCUAAGUGUACAGCAUUUGACGAGUGUAAUGAAAAUCUAAAGACACAAUGUUUAACUCAACACUUUUGGGAAUUAUUUUAUUUGGAACCUUUAGUCAAUCUUUUUCAAGCCUAUUUACAUGUUCGGAAGGCUGGAAUCUCCAAGGUUCGAAAUGCUAUAAAGUGGAUCAAGAAAAGAGGAAUUUUACAAAUUCAAAGAUUUUUUGUGAGAAACUUAAUGCUGAAAUAAUUAUGCCUAAAACUGCAGAAGAAAUCAGUGUAUUAUCAGUAAUUGGUAAUUUUUUUUGGAUAGGACUUUUAAUCGAUCAUGAUAAAACAAUUACACGGAAUUGGAAAUGGAAUGAUGGCACUGAAUUGGAAUCCAGUGAUAGAUGGUCACCAGGUAUGUUUAUAAGUGUCAGUUUUAAAAAUAAAGAAGUAACCAAUGAUUCAUUUUAUUAAAUUGGUUGCAAUGAAUAACAUAGCUUUCCCAGUGAAAUACAAACCGAUAAUUAUCACAGGUGAUAUAAACGUGGUUAUUUCACUCCUCUGACGUCAUACAACAAUAGGCGUUGUCAAGACGGCGGAUCAAAACAAAUUGUAAAUGCGAAGAAAAAAAUAAACCCAAAAUGUGUAAACUGUUGUCAUGAAAAGGUAUGAAGAGAUAU